AUGUCCACCGGAUGUGGCCUCAACACGGCGUGGAUUAUAUUCGAGUUGUGCUUGCCUAUCAAGUUGGAACAGAGUGCCGACAUCGAUUGCAGUAUGAUGAUCUCGGAGAAUCCAGAGGUUAAGACGAUAAUGGGUAUCCUACAGGAGGAAGCGAAGAUGGGCGACUCUGAUACCAUCGCCAAGAUUCCCAAGCCUGACCUUCACCGCGCCUCGAAAUUCGUAUCUCAGAUAUUCUGGCAAGCCGUGCAAGCUCUGCAUAUCUUCGUCUGUCCAGCAUUGAAGGAAGCGGAAACGAUGUUGAUGGCCGCGUCAGUUUUCCAUCAAAAACAUAAAAUGGAUCUUAUGGCAGAUGGAUAUGCUGAAUAUCAUUGCUACGACUCGGUGGUGGACUCUCCUAGGUUCGUAGAAUCCCUGGCCCACUGUAUCAACCUCAUGAUGUCUCUAUUUCUCGUGAAAGUGAUUCCAGACGAUAUACCGGAUAAGGCGAAACCGGCUGCAAAUGGAAUCCCUCAAGGUGUGUAUUCACUGAACAUAAUGAAUGAUUCAAGCGUGAAGCUUUCGAAUGAUAUGGCGGUUCUGCCGACGUGCAUCAUCGACGAUAUUGUGGAAGUUUUGCACUACUAUCGGAACACUUCCAAGAUCGUUGAGCAAACGAAUCGUGGUAACCGUGGUGACAUCUUUAACGGUCUUGACUGUGAUUUGCUGCUGCUGUUCGUGAUCUGGACCCUGGGGUCGGAAAAAUGCAAAAACCCUUCUGUUCGAGGGCAAGCUGCUAAGGUAUUGAAGUCGCUUUCGAAGCAGCCUCGUUAUGCUCGCCAAAUAGAGAAUGCCGACUUUUGCGUGGAAAACAUCGUCCCGGCGUGUAUCAGAGUCUUCACUGCCGUGGAAAAAACAAAGCAGUCGUAUUAUGAUAUCAGGAUGCACGUCAAAUUCGAGUUGAGGAUACCUAUACAGAAGUUGUUCGAACAGGUCCUACCGUUGCCGAAGCAUCGAGCUCAGUUGCAGACCUUCGCAAUCGAGCAAUCUGAAGAGUUCUGCAAAUUCGUUAACCAGCUCUUGAACGAUACUACCUAUCUUCUCGAUGAGGUAACGGAGAUCCCGGGUUCGAUUCUCGGAGGCGACAUCAAGUCUACGAUGGCGAGCUAUUUGAGCCGUCUAUCUACCCGAGGACUGGAUUCUCUGACAGCCAUACGAAAGCAUGAAUCACAUCAAGCUGCUGGUAGCAGUGAUGAACCUAUGGAGGGGACGGCAGGGCUCGGAGUCGAAAGAGGAAUUGACGAGGAGGAUGAGGUUAACGGCGAAGAUAUGUAUCGAAGAUCUCGUACGGACGCGAAGGCUCAUUGCAAGCAGUACAUGAGCAUGGGUCAUCAGACCGUCAGUACUCUGCAUGCCAUGUGUAAAGAAGCUGCUAAUGUCAUCUUGGAUGAUCGGGUGGUGUUGGAACAAAUGCUCACAUCGUGCCUUGAUCCCUGUAUUGAUCGCCUGGUCGGUCCGAAGUGCCUUCAACUGAAGGGAAAAAGCUACGACUUCAACGAGUACAACUUCGAUCCGAAGGACUUGCUGAGGAAAUUGGCUGAGAUGUACGUCUAUUUGGCACGAGGCGGAGGGAUGGAGAAGAUCAGUCGUAUAGUUGCUGACGACCAGCGAUACUACAGUCCACAGACUUUUAAUAAGGCAGUGACCAUUCUGAGGCGCGAACGGUUGUUGGUUGGUGACGAGUUCAACGAAUUCGAAGCUUUUGUGAAGCACCUCAAUGAAACUGCAGCCAAGCGCGAAGAAGCCAUGGAUAGUGUGGAGAUACCUGAUAAUUAUCUGGACCCGAUUAUGGCAGAGGUGAUGAUUGAUCCUGUGAAGUUGCCGGGCUCUGGGCAGAUCAUGGACAGGAGACAUAUUGUGCGAGUUAUCAUGUCGGACGAUCAUGACCCUUUCACUCGGGAGCCAUUGAAAGUCGAAGAUUUGGAGCCACUGCCAGAGCUUCGAAGCGAGAUUCACGCCUUCUGCAAGGAACAUAAUAUAGACUUGGACGAAGAGAUGGAAUGA